AUGGCCGACGUUUCCUCUGUCAAGAAUGGGAAGAGCGUCUUCGACUCGAUGUAUCCAGGCUCGGAACAGGAAGGGGUUCAUGAUGAGACGGAGCGCUUGGGGUACAAGCAGGAGUUCAGAAGACACUUCUCCCUGCUCGCGCUGACAGCCAUGGGGUACAUGACACUAACCCCUCCAUCUGCCAUCUUCCUUACGCUUGUAGCGCCACUGAACAGUGGCGGUCCACAGGCACUGUUUUGGGGAUGGAUCAUUGUCUGCACAUUCACGAUAUUCGUCGCGUUCUCGUUAGGAGAGCUGUGCUCCGCAUUCCCUUCAGCAGGUGGUCCGUCGUAUUGGAUCUAUCGUAUAUCAUCUCCGCGAUGGAGGAGACAGCUAUCCUACCUGACCGGGUGGUUGAACCUUGCGGGCCAAUGGGCCUUUGGGGCGUCGGCUGUCUUUCAGUCCGCCUUCACCUUCACAGCUGCGGCAUCACUAUACCACCCAGAAUACGUUGCCGCGCCUUGGCACCUCGUCCUAAUAUGUUUCUUCUGGCUCGCCCUGUCAGUCUUCGCGAACAUCUUCGCAAAUCAAUACCUUGCUAAACUUAACACUAUUCUACUGGCCUUUAAUAUCUUGGGAGUUCUCACUUGUAUCAUCACCCUAUUAGCAACCGUGCAACCGAAGCAGACCGCGGAAUUUGCGUUCACAGCUUAUAUCAACAAUACCGGAUGGUCAUCCCAUGCGCUCGUCUUCAUCUUGGGUCUGUUACAGAGCGCCUUUACUAUGAUCGGAUAUGAUUCUGUAACCCACAUGUCUGAAGAAAUGGUCGAGCCAGCCAAAAACGUCCCAAAAGCACUAAUCGUGACAGUCCUCACGGGCACUCUCUCCGGCCUCGUCGUCAUCAUCCCCCUCCUCUUCUGCCUGACGCGCAUCGACGAUAUCCUCGCGUCCGAAAUCGGCUCGCCCUUCCUCGCGCUCGCCUAUCUGAGCACGCACUCGCGGCCGGGCGGCAUCGUCCUCGCGCUGCUGCCCACCUCGUGCGCGCUGCUCGCGUCGAACUCGAUGCUCAUGGCGACGUCGCGCACCGUGUACGCGUUCGCGCGCGACGGCGCGUUCCCGUUCCCGCGCGUGUUCCGGCGCGUCGACCAGCGGCGGCUGGUGCCCACCAACGCGCUGAUUGUCUCUGCGCUCAUCGAGGUCGUGAUGCUGGUGCUGUACAUCGGCUCGUCGACGCUGUUCUACACGAUCAUCUCGCUGGCGACUAUCGGCUUCGACCUGGCGUACCUGCUGCCGAUCGUCGCGCUGAUGGUCAAGGGGCGGGAGUUGGACGAAUCGCGGCCGUUCAAGCUGGGCCGCUGGGGGUGGCCCACGAACGUCGCCGCGUCGGUCUUCCUCGCGUUCAUCAGCGCGACGAUGCUGAUACCGACCCUCAGCCCCGUCACCGCCUCGAAUAUGAACUACACGUCGUGCAUCCUGGUGUUCAUCCUGCUCGUCGCGGGCGUGUUCUGGGUGUGCCAGGGCCGGCGGACGUUCGAGGGCCCGGACCUGCACCUGGUGGAGCCGGAGAAGCUCGGGAGCGGGGAGUUCGCUACGGCUGGUGGCGCGAAGAAGAGGGAGGAGGGGGAGGGCGUGCGUGUUGUUGUCCGGGGAGCUUGA